GAUAACUGUGUCGGGAGAGGACACCCAAUUGGACCCAUUGAUCAAAAAACCAUAAAUAAAGGUUUCUCCUUCCUCUUCUCUCCGUCUCUCUUUUGACCCAUUAUCCGGCAGACCACUCACCGUAUUUCUCGUAAGUGCCGCCUCUAUUCAGGCCUCUGCUAUAUAGAUUGUUGUUUUGUUUCAAGUUUUUCAAGGAGUUAGCCUUUCUGGGUAUUCGUUGAUUGGAACUUUUAGCUGAAAAUGGAAAGCAUGAUUCAUAAAUUAAAGAAGCUCGAUGCUUAUCCAAAAAUCAAUGAGGAUUUUUAUAGGAGGACUUUUUCUGGUGGCCUCAUUACCCUCGUCUCUUUUCUUAUCAUGCUCUUCCUCUUCUUCUCUGAGUUCAGAUUAUACCUGCACACUGUUACCGAGACACAGCUCAUAGUGGAUACUUCAAGAGGGGAAACUCUAAGGAUUAAUUUUGAUGUCACUUUUCCUGCCAUUCCAUGUAUAUUGCUCAGUCUUGAUGCCAUGGAUAUCAUGGGGGAGCAGCAUUUUGAUAUAAAACAUAAUAUAACUAAGAAGAGGAUUGAUGCUAAUGGUGAUGUAAUUGCAGUCAAGCGUGAUGGGAUUGGUGCACCAAAGAUUGAAAAUCCUUUGCAAAGGCAUGGUGGUAGACUUCAAUACAAUGAAGUUUAUUGUGGCUCUUGUUAUGGCGCAGAACUGUCUGAUCAUGAUUGUUGCAACUCAUGUGACCAAGUUCAUGAAGCAUACAGGAGAAAAGGGUGGGGAAUGGCAGAUUUGGAUUUGAUUGACCAGUGCCUGCGGGAAGGGUUUUUCGAGAGGGUUGCAGAUGAACAUGGUGAAGGAUGCAACAUACAUGGAUCUCUGGAAGUAAAUAAAGUGGCUGGAAAUUUUCAUUUUGCAACUGGGAAAAGCCUGCAUCAUUCAAAUGUCAAAGUGCAUGAUUUGCUUUCUGUUAAAUCAUAUAGUUAUAAUAUAAGUCACAGGAUCAAUAUACUAGCUUUUGGCGACUACUUUCCUGGCGUGGUAAAUCCUCUGGAUGGGGUACAUUGGGAGCAUGAAAAGCCAAAUGGCAUUCAUCAAUAUUUCCUCAAGGUAGUUCCGACAAUAUACACCGAUAUUAGCGGCCACAUUGUUAGUUCAAACCAGUACUCUGUAACUGAGCAUUUCAAGAUAUCGAAACCGGGUGAAACUGACAGUGUUGGAGUUUUCUUCCACUAUGACUUCUCUCCAAUUAAGGUGACUUUCAAAGAGGAGCAUAUUUCAUUUUUGCACUUCAUGACUAAUAUUUGUGCAGUCUUUGGAGGUAUUUUCACAAUGGCUGGCAUAGUUGAUUCAUUCGUGUAUCAUAGUAACAGAGCAAUAAGGAAAAAACAAGAAAUAGGCAAGUACAGAUGAUGAUAUUCUUGCUCGACAUGUCCGGUCUGGAGGAGGAUGGAAAUCAUUGAAAAACCGUUUCUUCUCAAGAAUCGCCGGAUCUCUUCACCUGAUUCGUUCUUGUUUCUGGUCAGUUUAAAGGUUGUAGGCAGUAGAUGUCAGAAUAUGAACUGAUCUCCUGUUCAUUCAUUCUGCUUCGAUGUCCAGUCCGCCUGUUAAAUGUCUGUAUCUUAUUUAUUUAUUGUUAUUUAUUUACAAGUAAUGUCUGAAAAUCUCUCAGAAUAUCUGAAGUUCUGAGGAUAUAUUUCAUAGAAAUGGGUUUUUGUGUAUAAGCUCCAUGGUCACAGUGAAGAGAAGAUUCAUUGUGAAGAUGAAGUUUGGGAGAUGGCUAAGUCAAAUUUUGAGUAAGCUAACAGUUAACUAGUCAAGUUCUUCUGUGCUUUAUUUUCUUCCAGCCCUUCUUGAGCUGUGGUCAGAGCAUUUUGAAGUAUUGUCUGUAUCUUUUUUUAACUAUUUCUUUAUAAAAAUUCAUAUUUCCUUCA